AUGGGCUGCACGUCCGCCAUUGUCUUUACCUGCUUUGGUGCAGCCUAUGGGACUGCAAAGUCAGGUGUCGGUAUCUCAGCCAUGGGUGUCCUCCGACCUGACCUCAUCGUCAAGAACAUUGUCCCCGUCAUCAUGGCUGGUAUCAUUGGUAUCUACGGGUUGGUCGUCUCGGUGUUGAUCUCCGACAAUCUCUCUCAACAAGAAGCUCUUUUCACCAGCUUCAUCCAAUUAGGUGCUGGUCUCUCCGUCGGCCUUUCAGGUUUGGCUGCCGGCUUUGCAAUCGGCAUUGUUGGUGACGCCGGUGUUCGAGGCAGUGCCCAGCAGCCUCGCCUCUUCGUCGGCAUGAUUCUCAUCCUCAUUUUCGCCGAAGUCUUGGGUCUUUACGGACUCAUUGUCGCAUUGCUCAUGAACUCCAAGGCCCAGACCGAUGUUCACUGUUAA